AAAAUGGCUGUCUGCAUUAUGUCUAACCACUUUUCAAGAGCACAAGGAACUUUUCUCCUCCUCCGUCUUCGUUCUCUCUGCAUAAUUUCGUCUGAUCAAAUAUCAAUACCGAACAAGUUCCGAUAAUUAACACUAUUAAGUAAAGGCUUUAUUAUUAAGCUUUAGUGGAAGUUGAUCUUCUACUCUCUGUUGAUAUCUGAUAGUUUUAGGUUUGCUGGCAAACAUAAACAGCAUGGGUGAUGGUCCUCGAGGAAUAGAGGUCUUUGAAGAUCAUUUUCAAGCUUCAACAUCUGGUGAAGACUCUGUACAGAGCCCAUCCUUAUCUAAAUAUAUAGGGAGUAAUGAUUCUUUGAGAUCCAUUAGUAGAUCGCGGACUAGAAGAAAAUUGAAAGGUGCUGCUUCAAUGUUGAAUUUGUUUAGCCUCAGCAAGUUAACUUGGAUGUCUGGCGCAGAUGGUCAAGAAAAGGUAGUAUUAACUGCUGCAGAAGUAGAAUCUCUUCAGUCAGAACUUGCUGCUUUGGAAGAAAGAGAAGCACAUUUAAAAGCUCAAUUACAACACAUUGAUGAAGUAGUACGGGCUGCACGACUUUCGGGGUAUUUGGACAUGAGAAUGAGAUGGGCAACUUUACCCGGAGAACCUCUUCCAGUUGAUGACACUGAUGUUGAUGAUUGGCUUCCAAGAUUUUUUGUCCUUCAGGGGUCGUGUAUUUUCUGGUAUUCGUCAAGCACCGAUCUAAGCCCCCAAGAUUCAACCCUCCUAUCAGAUAUCAUUGAAGUUGGAACUCUACCUUGCCUGAUACGAGACAAUGAGGACAAACGAUAUUGCUUUUACAUCUCAACUCGUUAUGGACUGAAAUAUGAAUGCUCUAGUAUUUCUAAGAUGAAGGUUGAUUCCUGGUUGGCAGCUUUACAGAGUGAUUGCAAGCUCAAGGUCUGAUUGUACAACACUUGACGAGAUAACUGAAAAUUGACGCGAUCUGCUAUUGGCAGCAACAUCAUGUAGAUAAAGCCAGAAUUAGAAGAAAAAGCAUAUAUCAGUUUUUCAAAGUUCGACUGCAACUUUUUACUAAUAUUUAGCCCGUGUAUUCUGUACAUAAUCUAGCAUGCAGGCUGCUGCCUCUGUGCAGUGUUGAAGUUAGAUUAAGAUACAUACCUUUCAACUUGUGCUUAGUGUGUGCGUCGAGCUGAUUUAGUCAUCUACAACUUUAAGCUUGGUUCUACAACAAUAAAGAAAGCUUGCUGGCUCUCUGUGGACAACGCAUUCUCAAAGCAUACGAGUUUAGUACUAGUUAAUUGCUGGAAUUAGAUGCCUUAAUGGUAAGUGUAGAUCCAUUCCUUAUUAUUCCUGUAUUCUCUUGUGGUGAGUGUAGACCCUUAUGCAUUCAGCAGAUAACCCAAUGCCUAACUUAUUACA